AUGGCCAAGCGACACGAGGUCGUGGAACCGGAAAUCGCCAUCGAUCCCGAUCUCUAUUGCAGCGCCCAGCCUUAUGACAAUGACUGGCAAUCGGAAACCACGUCGAUCGGCUCCUCAAUUUAUCGCGGACUGGAAGAGAAUGGUCGUCGGUAUCAAACAUUGAGCCGCAAAGAAUAUCUCAAUCCAUCGGACGAUAAAAUGUUCGAAACUUAUGAAGCUGGGCAUUUGGUUGCCCUUGUCAUGGACUCGGAGAGAGAAAACCCGCUCUUCCAUUCGCCUAUUGGAGACCACCCAAAAAACAUCCUCGACAUUGGAACAGGUCAGGGUAAUUGGGCUGUAGAUGUUGCCGACAUGUUUCCCAUGGCCACGGUCCGCGGAGUCGACCUCUUCCCACCACCAGUAACCUGGAUGCCACCGAACUGCAUCUUAGAAGUCGACAAUAUCGCCGAAGACUGGACCUGGAAUGAACCGCAAGAUCUAAUCCACAUGCGCCUCAUGAUCGGCUCCUUCGACGCAGCGGAAUGGGCCCGCGUGUACAAGCAAUGUUUCGACAACCUUCGCCCGGGCGGCUGGAUUGAGCAACUCGAAGCAAGCCCUUACAUCGAAUGUGACGACGAUAGCCUACCGGCCGACAAUGUCCUGCGGACCUGGGGUCCCGCCUUAUCUGAAUGCGGCAAGCGCGCGGGCCGGCCGCUCGAAACAAUUGACAUGAUGCAAGAUGCCGUCCGUGAUGCGGGUUUCGUUGAGAUCCAUGAAAAACAGUACAAGUGGCCCAUUGGCCCAUGGGCUCGCGAUCAGAAGUACAAAGAGGCUGGCACAGUCAACUAUCAGCAUUGGAUGUCUGGUAUGGAGGGCUGGGCAAUGUGGUUGCUUACGAAAUACGGUGCUCCGCACCCAUGGACCCAGGAAGAAGUUAUUGUUUAUGUUGCUAAGCUGAGGGCUGAGCUGCAGAAUCCUCGCCAUCAUAUCUAUGAGCGCGCUCGUCGCGUUUGGGCACGAAAGCCGUUCCCUAAUGAACCUUCUCCCGCGUCGUCUGGUCGUGGGCCGGUCAUCAAGACCGAGAGUGUGUGA